CUGAUAACUCAUUCUUAACGCUGCUCAUUUACUUCUUCUUCAUAUAGCCUGCCAAACUUUCAAACAUCUGGCGAGAUACCAAACUGAAUCGCAAUGCCGUCGUUCGAAGUACCUUGUGUCCACCAGGAAGAUGUGUUUGAUCCGAAAAUACAUCUUGACUAUAGCCCAGCUGAGAGGACUUUCACUCUCGCAGAGUGGGGCAUCCAGGAACAUGAAUACACCACGCCAAUUGCGGGUUGCACACCAUUCAGACUGCUCUCCUUAGAAGGCGUGAUGGCAUAUCGACGUGCCAUCCUGAGAAAGGAUGUCUUCGACCAAUGUGCCGGGCAUCCAUUCCCUGGCACAGUAACGCUGAGAAAUCUUGCGAAAGUCAGCAAGUUCGUGAACGACUUCUGGACACACCCUGAUACUCUUUCAAUCAUCUCAGACGCCUUGGGCAUCAAGGUCGUUGCAGUCAUGCCUACUGAGAUCGGACAUACCAAUAUUCAAGUCUCUGGAUCUGGAGAUGUCCUGAGCCAGCUCAAGAUACAGCCAUCGCAAGAAGCUCGUCCAUUGACCAAGGAGGAAGAGUCGUAUGACCCUUUGUCCGGCUCCUCGGUCAUACCUUGGCAGGACUCGUAUCCUUUCGUGUGCGUGUUGAUGUUGUCUGAUACCACUCAUAUGAAGGGUGGAGAGACCUAUGUCAGUGCACGAGACAUCCAGGCGGCAAGUAUCAUUAUCAGAGGACCCGGUCUGGGAACGGCGGUCGUAUUGCAGGGUGGUCAAGUGAAGCAUCUUGCAGCGCGCGCGUUUGGUUCGGCGGAAAGAAUCACCACCAUAACAUCCUUCCGAGCUGCUGAAUUAGGCCGCUUUGACGACAGCCGACUUGCCAAUCUCAGAGCAUACGACAACCUGCCCGAACUGUACAGUCAAUGGUCACUUUACCGUCUGAAGAAAAUGCGUGACGAAAUUGACGCUGCUGUGAGAAAGAUCGAGUCACUCGACAAAUCUGGUAUUACUUUUGUUCAUCAGGAAACGGAAGCGCUGUGCGAAGAGCUCUCGAAGUACUCGCAGAGGACAGCAAGGCAAAUGGUCGAUCCAGAGAUCCGUGACGGUCUUGCCCGAAAGUACGGUGCAAAAGGUAUUGCGGAAGCGAGCAAAUACUGGCAAUUGAUCAGAGCUAUGCCUCAGGCAAGUCCCAAGAUAGCGGAAGCCACUAGGUACGCGGAAGACAGUAUGCCGAGAAUGAAAGGCUACACAUUUGACUGGUGUCAAACACGCGCUCGUAUCCAGAGAGGUUCCAUAGAGCGUGGCACUCAGGGGUUGAUCGUGUGGGAUGACAAGGCUGAUUAUUUGCUCGGUGACGAGCUGGAGGCUCAGGGACUGAACGAGAUUCUUCUGUGGUGGUUGGAGGAGACUGGAUUAAUGGCGGCCAUAGGAGCUUGAUAGGUCCAUUGUCGGUGACUGCUUCAACUCUGACAUAGCUACAAUAUCGUAUCGAGACGAAUGUUCGUCUCCAUUUGUCCGCGCAUCAUCGAGUAGCUGGGCUGUCAAAAGGCAGGGUGUUGUCUGUAGCUGAUUUUACGCUUAGCGAGAAAUGCAUCUACACCUGCUCUCGUUGGACAAAUCGCUU